UUUCCAGUAAAACGGGUGUUUGCAUUGGUCCUGGAGUUUUGAAAGUGUUUCCUCAUCACAAGAAAAUUGUAUUUUUAUUAAAGGAUGCUGACAUUGUUAGCCAUCUGGCAACUCUGCAAAACUGUUACACUGUUACUUGGCAAUGUAAAUACUGUCUAAUGGUGAUCUAAAAGACCUUUCACCAGGAUGAAUGUUUUCAGCAAAAGAGGUUUCUGCUUGUGGUGGAGGUUGCUGGCGUUCUUAUGUUUCUGGGCUGGGAUACUUCCAAAAAGCAGCGCCUGCCCCAAGUCAUGUGCUUGUUACGUUGCAACUGAAGUGCACUGUACAUUUAGAUAUUUGACAUCCAUACCUGAGGAAAUUCAGCCAAACGUGGAGCGCGUCAACCUUGGGUACAACAGUUUAAUACAAUUAAACGAAAAUGAUUUUUCUGGACUUAAGCAUCUGGAAUUGUUAAUGCUGCACAGUAAUGCAAUCCAAACGAUAGCCGACAAGGCGUUCAGUGAUCUACAGUCAUUACAGAUCCUGAAGAUGAGUUACAACAAAGUCAAAGAACUGAACAAGUAUACUUUCCAUGGUCUUCAAGGCCUAAUAAGGCUCCAAAUGGAUCACAACAACAUUGAGUUUAUUAAUCCUGAAGCCUUCUACGGACUUACAUCAUUAAAACUGGUUCACCUGGAAGGGAAUGCGAUCCAACAGCUUCACCCUGAUACCUUUGUUACCCUGCGUUACAUUCAGAUCUUCAAAACAUCUUCCAUCAAAAACAUUUACCUCUCAGACAACGCCCUGAGCAGCCUACCGCCUGAAAUCUUUUCUUACACUCCAGACCUCGAGAGUGUCUAUCUACAUGGAAACCCAUGGGCCUGUCACUGUAACAUGGAAUGGUUUGUGAAAUGGAUGGAAGAAAAACCAGGACUGCUGAAGUGCAAACGAGACAGAUCAUAUGCAAGUGGUUUUCAGUGUCCCAUAUGUGAAACACCUGUUGCAUCUAAAGGCAAAGAUAUGUCACGUCUUCCCUUGUCAGCUUUGGCCUGCUUCAAACCUGAGAUAGAUCCUCACCUUAAACAGAAGAAUAUUUCCUUAGAUGAAGGAGACUUCACGCCAAUUUCUUCCAAUGACUUUAUUGCACCAAUUGGGUCUAUGGUCCUGAAUAUGACAGAUCAGUCAGAGAAUGAUGCAAGUGUGGUCUGCUCUGUCCAAAGACCCAGGGCAUUAAAAGGGGUAUCCGUAGACAAGAAGGAUGAUGUCAUAUUUUUAAGUGCAUCUUUCUCCACGUAUUUGGUUUGUAAUAUUGACUAUGAGCACAUCCAGCAGCUCUGGAGGAUACUGGCCAUGUACAGUGACUUACCCAUGACGCUUUCAAGAGGUUUGAUGCUUACUAAAACACCAUAUAUAAGUUACAAGUAUCAACAAAAAGAAGAUGAUGAUGAAGCCGCCUUUAGUGGCAUAGAAGCAGAAGUCAAAGCAGAUCCUAUAUGGCUGAUGCAAGGACAGUUUACAUUGCAAUUAGACAGGACAACGACUACAUUCAGUACACUUCAUAUCAAAUAUGCAAGUGACAUUCAAAUGAACAUCGAAAAUAAACCCCACAAAUACACUUGGGCCAUGAUAAAGAAAGAUAAUACUACAAAAACAGAGCACUCGGUUUUGAUAGGUGGCACAGCGGAACUGGACUGCCAAGCCUUUGGGGAACCCAAGCCUGCAAUUGAAUGGAUUAUGCCCGAUGGUAGCAAAGUGCGUGCACCUUACAGUAGUGAAGACGGGAGGAUUAUAAUUACUACGUCUGGCAGAUUUACAUUAAAGGCAGCGGACAGUUCUGAGACAGGACUGUAUCGCUGCAUAGCAACAAAUUACCUAGAUGCAGAUGUGCUUGCCUUUAGGAUUACCGUUUUGAAUCCAGAUGUGGAAGAGAUAGAUGUCAAUGGUGCUCAGAUGUCCAGAGCUCUUGGAGAAAGUCUGUUUCUUCCAUGUGGAUCUGUUGGUAUUCCUGAAGCAUCUAUUAACUGGAUAUUACCAGAUCAUACUGUGCUAGACAAGUCAUUAGGAAAUAAAAAACUUUAUCAAAAUGGCACAUUAGGAAUUCAGGGGAUAACUGAAAGAGACCGUGGUUUUUAUAGAUGCCUUGCAUCAAAUCACUAUGGAGUUGACAUUUUGUCUUCCAAAAUAUUGCUUGCAGACAUUCCUAGCCGGGAAACUACAUUGAAGGUGGAUAAUAAAUAUCUAUCAGAAGAAGGCGAGGGGUCAGGAAAUGAGGGUGAUCCUGCCUCAGAGGAAACCCAAACAGAUUAUAAGGAACUAUCUCCAAGCACAUCCCUUAAAACCAGGCAAGAAUCUAGAACUUUAACUUCAAACCGAGUGUAUCCUACACAAAGGAAAACACAAGACAGGACUUCACUUCACAGGAAAAACGGCUUGUCAAGCAAUAGGAGACUCUGGGGAAACAGGAGGACAUUUAAUAAUUCAGCCAGGAAAGUAGACCCUCAGCGGUUUGCACAAUUCAUGGCAAAAGCUAAAAAUAAUAAAGCAGCCCAAAGUCAAAAUGAGAAAAUGACAGACAAGCCAUCUACAAAGAGCUAUUCAAACAUAUCAGGGGAUGGAGAAGAAGAAACCUCAGGAGAUGUCUUAGCUGAGGAUGAGCUUUUAAUAAUUACAACAAAGAUGCCCAGCAGUGUUUUAACUACCAUAGAAACUAAUUCUGAGGAGACAACUGUUGUGUAUCCUGAAAUACAUGAACUGUCAAUAGAGUUGCCAAGCACCUCUAUGACAACAAGUAGUUAUGUAAAUGAGAAUAAUGCACAUACUUCUUCAAAGUCAACAUCGUACACAACAACACCAUACACAACUAUCAUUCCUAAAGUAAAUAAAUUAUAUACAUAUGGGCAAAACAAUGAAAGACCCUUAUCUCAACCUGCCACAGUGGAAUCCAUAAUAACAGACUCCAGUUCUGAAGUGCAAUCAGCAUUUUCAGGUGGACCAAAUAAAUAUCUCAAAACCUCAACUUCUGUUCAGCCUUUAUUAAGUAGAAAGGCACACGAUACCAGAAUACCAGAAUUAACUAUUGCAAAGCCUGGACCUUUGCCAGAAACUCCAGUUCAAGUUUCAACAGAAUCUAAUCAGCAAAAAUCUGUCACAGCCAUCACAACUGCUCAAGGUGAACGAGACGAGAUAACGUUUCAUACCACACAGAAGAUAACAUCCCCUCGACUGCCUGGAGGAUCUACGAUCAUCUCCCAUCAACAGAUUCAGAUCAUUAGAGGUGACACUUCGAAUCCUUCUGGAAGUAAGCAGCGUACUGGCAAAGUAAGAAAGUUCCCUGGUAGGCGCAGAAUUAUCAGACCAAACAAAAUUCCAGAUAUACAUGCAUACUUGCAUAAAUUUGUGAAGCCAAACAAAGGGUCCACAAUAUCUGAAAAAGAUAAUGCUACCACUCCUAUAUCCAUUGAGCUAACUACAAAAUGUGAGUAUCAUAUAACCAAUGCUCCACCGGGGAUUGUUCAACCAGGUCCUGAAAAAACUGGAACCAAUACCACUGAAGCUAGUAGAAAGGCUAAAGAGCCUAUCAGUGUGGUCAAACCCUCAACAAAAAAUGAUAGACAGUAUAAUUCUGUAUACAAUAAAUCUAGGCACUCAGUAGGGUUAGGUAAACAAACACCUACAGUCACUUCACAAACAGGGUUUAGGACACCCUUAACUCAGGCUGCCACUAAAGACUUCUUGGUGAUCACAAAAACUACAACUACUACCAAAUCUACAACUACCAAACCAACAGAACCACAAAGAUCACUUAUAACACCUACCUUUACUCCACCUGACCGAACCAAAGAAUCUGUUAUGACAUCAGUCAGUACCAGCAAAGCUGACAGACUCUACCCCACCACCACCCAAGCUACCACAACAUCCUCUAGGGUUAUUAGAGGGAAAAUUCCUUGGAAUAAACUUUUUGGAAACAGACAUAGUCAAAAGGAACUGCUUAAGAGAUUGCGCAAACCAGUACGACCAGUGACCACCACAACAAUGACACCAGCAAAAACCACCAUUACCACAGCACCAGCAAAAAUGACAAUCGCUCUGCCCACAAGUAAGACCCUAGCCUCACCUUUUACAACUUUGACGACAGCUAUUGACCAGAGUGCAGUCAUUGAGUCUUCAGCAACCUCCUCAGAUUAUGCUUCCGGGUCUUCUUUUACCACUGAAAGUCAACCAUCAAUUAAAGUCCAAGCCCCGCCUUUGACAACUUUGUCCCCUGUUAUUGAUAAUAGUGCUGCCGUUCAAUCUUCACCUUUCUUGCCUGAUUACACUUUGGGGGUUCCAACAACAACUGAAACACCACCAGCAACUAGAAUCCUAGCUUCACCGUCACCAACAAUGUCAGGAGCUAUUGAUCAUACUACUGUGAUUCAAUCCACCGCAUCCUUGCCUUAUUAUUCUCUUGGGUCUUCUAUGACUACAGAAAUACAGCCGGCAACCAGAGUCAUUGCUUCACCUUUGUCAAAGACUGCAGUCAUGGAGUCUUCAGCAACCUCAUCUGACUUUUCUUCAGGGUCUUCUUCUACCACUGAAGAACAGACAGUCUUAGAGCUGCUCCCAGCUGUUACCUCUCUAAAGACUACCGCCGCAAUAUCCAAGCCCAAAACCACUUCAACCACCACCAGAAAGCAAGUUGUACCUUUUAGAAGAAAGGGACUUCGUCGCCGAAGACCAAAUAAAAAGACAAUAAUGACCCAACACACCACAGCAGAUCCAUUUAGGAAAAAAGAGGCUCCCACCACAAUGAAAACUACCACCACCAGCAGCAACAGAUCUCCCAAGGCAUAUUUUACUACAACUACUGUGAAACCCACAACUACGACCAAAACUACAACUACAGUCCAAACAACAACGUCUACCAAGCCUACAACAACUACUACCAAACCUACUACAACUACCAAACCUGCUACUACAACUACUAAACCUACAACUACUACCAUACCUACUACAACUACCAAACCUGCUACUACAACUACUAAACCUACAACUACUACCAAACCUACUACAACUGCCAAACCUACAACUACAACUACUAAACCUACUACUACAACUGCAAAACCUACAACUACUACUAAAUCUACAACAGCUACUAUCAAAACAACAAGUGCUCCUGAAACUACAACUCGUGCUGUCAAAACUAUUUUAGGAAUCCCAUCUACUAAAUCAACAAAAACCACACAAAGUUCACGCUUUAUAAAACCCAGGCCAAAUCAAUUUACAGCUACUUUUAUAGAAACAAAAUCUCUUGAUGGAAGUGGGAGUUAUUUCCCUCAGUCACAUAUACAGAAACCUACUCCUUCUCCAUCAACAAAAGUGACAGAGUCCCCACGGUGGACUAGCAGGUUCUGGCAGAAACCACUUCCUGAGGCCACAGACAGAGGAAAGACUUUAACUAUUAACACGCUGACGAUACUAAAGGCCCCUCAGAGGUAUACAAAAGCCCCACCUACCUUUAGCAGUGACAUGGAAAAUGCCAUAGCUAAUGGACAUAAGAAACACACUGAAUUGGAAGCAUCAACGUCUAAUGUCAUAGACUUGGAACCUUUGCCAAAGAACCAUCCAUCAAAGCCCAGAAUAGUGGGUGGGAAUGCAGCCAGCUUCACUGUUCUUUCCAACUCUGAUGCCUUUGUACCAUGUGAAGCUUCAGGAAAUCCUAUUCCUACAAUAACCUGGACCAAAGUUUCUUCAGGUACUACAUUAACUAUGAAGGCCAAACGGGGGAACAGAUUUGAAGUUUUUAAAAAUGGGACAUUGUCUAUCCAGAAUGUUAAUGUUCAGGACCGUGGACAGUACCUUUGUACAGCAGAAAACCAGCAUGGAUCUGACAAACUUCUUGUAACACUGUCUGUAGUGGCUUAUCCUUCACGAAUCCUGGAGCCUAAACUGAGAGAAAUGAAAUCUCAUUCUGGAAACACUGUGAUAAUAAAAUGCAAAGCAGAAGGAAGACCACCGCCUAUUGUCUCAUGGAUUCUUGCAAACAAAACGUUUGUCAGGGGUCCCGUUUCAGAAAACAGCAGAGUUUCAGUGGAUUCGGAUGGGACUUUAACCAUUAAGGAUGUUAGCGUGUAUGACAGAGGACAUUACAAAUGUGUGGCAAGCAACCCAGCUGGAGCCGAUACAGCCACAAUCAGACUGCAGGUAGUAGCUGCACCUCCUGUUAUUAUAGAAGAAAAAAGACAACAUGUGAAAGGAGAGAUAGGGCAAUAUUUGAGGCUGCCCUGUACAGCCAAGGGAAACCCCCAGCCCACAGUGCGGUGGGUUCUGUUUGAUGGAACUGAAGUUAAACCUUUGCUGUAUGUCAAUGCAAAACUGUUUGCAUUUGCUAACGGAACUCUUUACAUCAAAAACUUAGCCACUUCUGACAGCGGAAAUUACGAAUGUAUUGCUACAAGUUCGACUGGCUCAGAAAGAAGGGUGGUUAAUUUGAUGGUAGAACAGGUGGAGACUGUGCCCAAAAUAGUGACUGCAUCGGAUCGAAGAACUGACCUUAAUUAUGGAGACAGGUUAUUGCUAAACUGCUCAGCUGUCGGAGAUCCCACACCUCGAAUCAUUUGGAGAUUACCCUCAAAAGCUAUUGUGGACCAGUGGCACAGGAUGGGAAACCGGAUCCACGUGCAUCUUAAUGGCACCUUAGUUAUCGAUUCUGUCAGUGAAAAAGACGCCGGGGACUACCUCUGUGUUGCCAGGAACAAAAUUGGAGAUGAUCUUCUGCUAAUGAAAGCCACUGUGGCAAUGAAGCCUGCAAAGAUAGAAUACAAGCAAUUCAUAAAAAAACAAGUGCCAUACGGAGAUGACCUGAAAGUAGACUGCAGAGCUUCUGGAGCCCCCGAACCUGAGAUAACAUGGGGUUUGCCGGACGGUACGAUGGUAAACAGCGUGCUGCAGGCUGACGACAGUGGCACCAGGAGACGCCGCUAUGUUCUCUUUCAUAACGGAACCCUGUACCUAAACAAGGUCGGGGUAGCCGAAGAAGGAGACUACACUUGUUAUGCAGAAAAUACACUUGGGAAAGAUGAGAUGAAGGUCCACGUCACUAUUGUGACAGCAGCUCCUCGCAUCAGGACCACGGCCCAUACGUUUGCGAAAGUGGAAGCAGGGGCAAAGGUGAUGUUCAACUGCGAGGCAGUGGGAGAGCCCAAGCCAAAGAUAAUGUGGCUCUUACCAUCUAAUAACAUGAUUGCAGCUUCAAAUGACAGGCAUCUGAUGCAUGUAAAUGGCUCACUGGCUAUCAGGAAUCUCAAGGUGACAGAUUCUGGUGAAUAUCUGUGUGUAGCCCGAAACACUGGGGGAGAUGACACAAAGGUCUUCAAGCUUGAGGUCGAUGCCAUUCCCCCAAUUAUAAACGGAUUGUACAGAAACAAAACCAUCAUUAAAGAUGAUGCAGUGAAACAUACAAAAAAGCUAAUUGACUGCAAGGCUGAGGGAACUCCAACGCCACAAGUCAUGUGGAUUAUACCAGACAAUAUUUUCUUAACAGCUCCAUACUAUGGCAGUAGAAUAAUAGUACACAGGAACGGCACAUUGGAAAUUCGCAACGUCAGAGUGACAGAUACGGCUGAGUUUGUAUGUGUAGCUCGUAAUGAUGGAGGAGAGACUGUUAUGGUGGUGCAGUUGGAGGUCACCAACAUGUUGAGGAGGCCCAUGUUCAAGAACCCAUUUAAUGAGAAAGUAAUGGCAAGAACUGGUAAGACCACUAUCUUAAAUUGUUCUGCUGAUGGAUACCCUCCACCGGAAAUGAUCUGGCUUCUGCCUAAUGGGACGAGGUUUACAAACAGUCAAAAGACUGCAAAGUACCAACUGGGAAGCGAUGGCACCCUUAUCAUUUACAAUCCCAGUAAGAGCGAUGUUGGGAAGUACAGGUGUGCUGCCAGGAACAAGGUUGGCUAUAUUGAAAAACUGAUUGUUCUGGAGGUUGGUCAGAAGCCAUACAUCCUUACUCAACCAAAAGGGCUCAUUAGAAGUAUCAGUGGACAGACUCUUUUCCUUCACUGUCUCUCUGAGGGCAGUCCCAAACCCAAAGUAAGCUGGACAGUUCCAGGUGGAUACAUGUUGUCUAGACCUCAGAUAAACGGGAAGUAUAUUCUUCUUGAAAACGGAACUCUUGUUAUUCAAGAGGCCGGUGUUCACGAUAGAGGGAAUUACAUUUGCAAGGCACACAACGACGGUGGGGAGGCUACAAUCACAGUGCCUGUGAUAAUCAUAGGCUACCCACCUCGCAUAACCAGCGGGCCGCCACAGAGCGUGCGCACAAGGGCCGGGGCAGCUGUUCAUCUUAACUGCAUGGCAAUUGGGAUUCCCAAACCCGAAAUCACGUGGGAGCUGCCUGAUCACUCAGUGCUUUCAACGGCUGGCAAAGGUCGGCCCACUGGCAGCGAGCUUCUACAUCCACAGGGCACGCUGGUCAUCCAGAAACCAAGUGUUUCGGAUUCAGGAACAUACAAGUGCUUAGCCAAGAAUCAUUUUGGCACAGAUUCAAAAAUAACAUAUAUUCAAGUUGUGUAAUAAAAAUACAAAAACACCACAAUACAAAAUAAUGUUUCUUGUUUAUCUAAAUAUUUGUCUCACCGUCUUGACCAAUAACAGAUAUUUCUGGUGAACCAUAUUUAUUAUUAUUAUUGUUUUGUUUUUGUUUUUUUACUUUAGCAAAAGACAUCUUACUUUGAGUUGUAUGGCAGCCUUGACAAACAGUGAGCUGUUUUCUUAGUUGUCAUUUAAGGUCAAGAGAAUACAGCCUGAAAGUGCAAUCGCACGCAGAAAGACAUGUUAUGUUUCCAACAUAGCCAGAGUUACUGUUACAUUUCUGGAAGGAUUUUGUGGAAACUUACAUGGUCUGGUGAAGCAACCCACAGAAAGCAGCAUUACAAAGCAGAUUACCAAAAAUAUGUUUCAAAUAAAAAAAGAGUGACUUGUGGACAAUUUUGUAAAUACAUCAUGGAGUAUAUUACUGCAUCUUUUAUUACUCUGUUUGUAUAGCAUUUUUCCAGCAUCAAAACAUGCUCUGGUAGAAAUCAGUGAGCAUUGUGUUUUGAAAUAUCAUGUAUAAUGGAGGAUUCAUCUUCAAAUAUUACACUGGAUUGCCUUCAUAUAACCAGAACUGUUUACUUAUAUUCACCUUUAUAAGCAAUACAAAAAAUAAAUAAAAAUACAUAUACGUUUGCUCCAGUUUGAUUAUGCCUGCCUUAAUGGGAGUAAUAUAUUUGCAUUGUUUUAUACAUUGUUUGGUACAGAUGUAAAAUAAUACUAUUCUUAUUGUACAUGUUUAAAUCCCAUUAAUAAAUACCAUAAAAAAUAUUUUUGUAAGUUUCGUAGAACAAACAAUAGGUGAAA